GAGGUUCAGGAAGCAGUAGGCGUGUUUUAGUGCUGUCAUAUGGAGAAUGGCACCGGGACUGUUUAAAUGCGUCGAGUGUAACGAAGAUGCAAACGAACUGCAUCGAGAUUAUAGCAACGGAAUACUGAAGAUCACCAUAUGUAGUUCAUGCAAGAAGCCCGUUGACAAAUACAUUGAAUAUGAUCCAGUUAUUGUUCUGAUAGAUGCCACUUUAUGCAAAAUCCAGGCCUUUAGACAUAUCCUCUUCAACACUGAGAUCAACAUCCACUGGAAACUGUGUGUGUUCUGUCUGCUGUGUGAGGCGUAUCUGCGCUGGUCCCUCCUGCAGGGGUCCCAGGCCAGCAAUGACCCCGCUGAUAUCAUCCGUUACACUAAAGAGUGGGAGUUUUACUGCAUGUUUGCACUGGCUGCACUGGAGUUGGCCGUGUUCUGCAUAGGUGUGUUGUUCAUUCUCUGGACGUCGCAGCGCUGCUGUGGUUGCUCUCUAGAAUUCACUCCACUGUUGAAGGCACUUCUGCUCUCCAGCUACGGCAAAGUGCUGUUAAUCCCAGCUGUCAUCUGGGAGCACGAUUUCUCUCCGCUCUGCUUCAGCCUCAUACGACUGUUCGUUCUGACCUCCAAUUCACAAGCCAUAAGAGUGAUUCUGAACUGCAGUCGGCGGCUGUCUCUCCUGGCGGUGUGUGGUGGCUUGCUGUUAGAGACGUGGGUUGCCCAGGCUUUAAAAACACUGCAAGUCUGUUCACAAGACUAUCUGUCAAUGCUGUAGUCUAGAAUCCAGGAGUCCGGAUGAUGCUCUAUGAACUGAAGCAAAACUUUCUUCAUGAAUGACUCAAGUCCUCCUUGCCAUUAGCGAAGAAAUUUAGAAUUACAAAACUGUUUGCCUUGUAAAAUCUCAGAGGUGUGCUUGUCAUUACUUCGGAGAUGUUGUUUGAUCAAGAUGUUCUGCACAAAGGAAUUCAUUGGCAAGUCCAAGUGAAACUAAAUGAGGUCAUAGAGAGCAAAUUGUUUAUCUUUACUAUGGUUACCACAUGGUUAUGAGUUUUUACGUGCUUCUAUGUCUGGUUUUAUUGAGCUAGCUCCAUUUAAGACCAGUUAUUUGUCUUCACUUGUGAAUUCUCCUCAUACAGAAGAACUAGUUUGAGAGCAAGCCUGUGCAAUUUUCACAAAAUCCUGUAUGUUUCUAAAGACUUUGAAGGCACAGCUUCACAUUCCUGAGGUCAUUUGUCAAAUUCCUUAAUUAGCUCUGCUGAGAGAAGACGUUAACUCCGUUAUACUACAGAUGCCUGUGGACUAGUGUCGACACCAUACUGUAAUGAUCUGAAUGCCAUCUGUUUUUAUUGGGUUGUCUUGUCUUUCUUACUGAUAUAAUUUAUCCCUGUUACGUAAAUGUGAAGUGUGGGCCUUCAGUAUGAACUUGUACAACUUGUUCUGAUGAAACUCGGGGAAUAAAUCUUGCACUUAUUUGUGAAA